UUGGUGUGGCGUUGUGCGCAUGCGCUCCCCGGGAUUAAUCUCAAGGCACAAAAGUGGCGCUACACCGUGUCGAGCUCUACUCCGGUGGUUGCCUUAGCAAUGGAUGGGGAGUUGGAACCCAACCCUGCUGUUCCAGAGGAGGAGGUGGCGACAGCGGGGGCGGCGGCGGCAGCGGGGGAGCACGUGGAGGCCGCUGCGGCUCCCACUGUGGAGACCCCAGAGUCGGUUGGCGUGGCAACACAUAACGAUGAGGCGCCGAAGAAGGGCAGCGGCGAGGAUAACGACGACGACGUGGUUCUGGUAGAGGAGCAUGCCCCCGAGCUGCCGCCCUUAAAUGAGUGUUCGGAGUGCCCUGCUGACAUGGAGACGGAAGACAAGACUCCCGCCGAGGUGACGCCGCCCGCCGAGGUGACGCCGCCCGCCGAGGUGACACCACCCGCCGCAGCGACACCCGACACUUCCGAGCCCUCCAACCCCGCCUCGGCGGCUGAGCCCAUCGUUAUUGACGAUGAGGAGGAGCCUGAGGAGAACCACGGCGGCUCCUCGCCUGCCACCCUCAGCAGUGUGGAACCACAUUCAGAGAUCCGCAUCGCCAACGUCACCACGCUGGGCAAGAAAAGAGGUGCUGACGGCAAAACGUCACCAGGGGAUGCCCAAGCCGACUUGAUGAUCACCUCGGUGACGUCACUACAGGGCGGACCAAUGUCGGGUGACACCGCGGCAGAAGAAAACGGUCUACAGAUCGGCAGCGCCUUCAGCCUGAAUUCCGACGCAACGUCUGGAAGACCGAGUGCUUCCUUCAACCCUGGGCGGGGAUCGGCGGUGCAAAACGGCGACACGGGGACGCACAACAGAACAGACUCGUGGAUUUCCCAGUCUGCGUCGGUGCCUCGCAACCAAAAGCAAACGGGGGUGGACUCUUUAUCCACCGCCACUUCCCUGCCCAAACCUCCGGGACAGUCUUCCUCCUCCUCGCCAGGCACCCAGCCGCAACCCAGGACGGUGAAGGUGACGUGUGCAAACUGUAAGAAGCCUCUGAAGAAAGGUCAGACAGCGUACCAGCGCAAAGGCUCCACACACCUCUUCUGCUCCACCACCUGCCUGUCUGCCUUCUCGCAUAAACCUCCACCCAAAAAAAGCUGCACCAUGUGUAAAAAGGACAUCACCAACAUGAAAGGUACCAUCGUGGCCCAGGUGGACUCAAGCGAGUCCUUCCAGGAGUUCUGCAGCACCGGCUGCCUGGGCGCCUACGAGAACAAGCAAAACCCGCCCAAGUCCAGCCUCAAAACCAAAUGCACAGUCUGUGGAAAGCUCACCGAGAUCCGUCAUGAGGUGAGCUUCAAGACGGUGACGCACAAGAUCUGCAGCGACAUGUGCUUCAACGUGUACCGCAGAGCCAACGGUCUCAUCAUGAACUGCUGCGAGCAGUGCGGAGACUACCUGCCCACCAGGGCUUCCGCCAACCACUUCAUGCUGGUGGAUGGACAGCAAAAGCGCUUUUGCUGCCAGAAAUGCAUCAAGGACUUUAAGCAGGCUCACAGUAAGCUGGCGAGCUGCCUGACGUGCAAGACGCUGAUCAAGACAGGCGAGGUGGUCCUGGGCCUGGCCGCCGACGGUGCCAUGGGCUCCUACUGCUCCACCAACUGCAUGAACAAGGCCAAGAUGGCCGCUGCCACCUUCCACCACGCGGAGCCAUCAUGUCACUUCUGCAAGAGGAACUCUUUACCUCAGUACCAGGCCACGCUGCCGGAGGGAAACGUCCUCAACUUCUGCAGCUCGCUCUGUGUGACCAAGUUCCAGAACGCCACCCUCCAGACGGCCACCAACGGAGAGACUGCACUGUCCACUAACAAAAACAAUGCGGUGCAGCUCAAGUGUAACUACUGCAGAGGAGCAUUCAGCGUCAAGCCAGAGACACUGGAGUGGGAGGACAAAGUGUACCACUUCUGCAGCAAGGUGUGCUGCGACGACUACAAGAAGCUGCACUGCAUUGUCACCAUGUGUGAGUACUGCCAGGAGGAGAAGACGCUGCAAACCACUGCCAACUUCUCUGGCGAGAAGAAGCCCUUCUGCAGCGAAGGGUGCAAGUUGCUGUUCAAGCAGGACUUCAUAAAGCGUCUGGGCCUGAAGUGCGUCAGCUGCAACCACUGCAGCCAGAUGUGUAAGAGAGGUGUCACGCGGCAGCUUGGCGGCAUGACCCGGGACUUCUGCGGCGAGCCUUGCGCCAAGAAGUUCCAUGACUGGUACCACAAGGCGGCACGCUGCGACUGCUGUAAGGUUCAGGGCCAGCUGACAGAGUCUGUAAUGUGGCGUUCGGAGAUGAAGCAAUUCUGCGACCAGCAGUGUCUACUCAGGUUCUACUGCCAGCAGAACGAGCCCAUCAUGGCCACGCAGAAAGGGCCCGAGAACAGCUGCACGGGCAUUGAAUCGCAAGCUUCCAAACUUGGGCUGGUAAGCCAGGGCACGGCGGCAUACGCGGGCAGCGGCCUGAUGAGAGACGUCAAAAACAAGGCAGUCCUCUGCAAGCCGCUCACCCUCACGAAGGCCACCUACUGCAAGCCACACAUGCAGAGCAAGACCAUACAGACGGAUGUGGAUGACGGUGUGAAGCGGGAAUACGUACCUGUCCCGAUCCCCGUGCCCGUCUUCAUCCCCAUACCCAUGAAUAUGUACUCGCAGUUAGCGCCCACGCCGCUCUCCAUGCCUCUACCGCUCCCCGUCCCCGUCUUCCUACCCACCACCCUGCAGAGCACCGAGCAGAUCGUUCAGACCAUCCAGGAGCUGAGAAGCCAAGCGCCCUCAGUCCCCGUGGCCACCCAAAAGGACCCGCUGUCCCCGACAGAGGCGACAUCGGAUGACCAGAAAGCAGACGUGAAGCUAGAGAAGGAGACAAGUGAGCAUGAAGAUGAAAAGAUGGUCACCGCCAGUCCAGAGGAGCAGGUGAAGGAAGGUAAUAUGGAUCCGAAGGAGGAGGUAAAGAAGGAGGAAGAGGAGGGAGACUACAUGGACCUGGAGGAGGACUUUCCUCAAGCUUCAGCAUCAUUCCCAGAGGACAUGGAGGAACGUGAGGACAAGCCGGCGCCACAACCUCAGCCAAGGACACAAGGGAACAAGAGGCUGGCGGUGAAACGCAGCUUGGUCAGAGCCUCGUCUCUUUGCUCACCGCCCCUGAAAGCUCUCUACGGCAUCAACGCCUUCAGACGCUGGAUGGGCUCAGGUGGAAAAGAAGGGUCCACAGCCGACCCCCAAGCGUCCAGUCCAGCUCUGGUGAAUCCCGCCGAGACUGACGUACUGAAAAUGUGCGCCGACGAGCUGAACGGCAAGCUGUGUGGCUUUGUAAGGGAGGUGUGCCGGCCCAAUGGGGAGCGAUACGCCCCAGACAGCAUCUACUACCUCUGCCUCGGCAUCCAGAAGCAUCUUUACACCAAUGGCCAACAGAGUGACAUCUUCAGCGACUCCUGCUACCAGGAGUUUGGGGAGGAGCUUAAUAAGGUUCUGAUCGACUGGAAGCCCAGCCUGCUUCCUGAUGGCUUAGCCUGGAGCCGUGUGGACGAACGGUGCCUGUGGGCGGGCGGGCAUCUGGGCGGCACAACGCCCGCCGUCCUUCUGCGCUCACUGGUCUAUCUGAACGCCAAGCGCCUCCGCCUGCACAGCACCCAGCAGCACCGACGGCUGUCCUUUGCCCAAGUCUACGGCCCGGGGGCCAUGCACCCAGUCAUCACCGGGGAGAGCCGCGUGUCUUCUCCUGUCUCUCAGGUAGAAAAGGACUCUCGCAAGAGGAAGCUGGACCAUCAGGAGUGUGAAGAAGACAACGACGUGGGACCACUUGCUCCUGUCACGGAGCAAGAGCAACACCUUUUCUGGCUUUACCGCUCUAAGUGCCCGGCGUCAUUGCUGGAAUGCUCGGACUUCUUCUAUGCUCAGCCUGACGCCGCCUGGGACGGCAACGGGGCCUGGUUCACCUCCGAGCCGCUGGAGCGCCACACGCUGGAGACCCUCCUCGCCAGAGUCCUACUGGUGCGGGACAUCUACACGGACUCGCAGGAGCAAGAGGAGAAAGGUGGCGCCGAGUAGCACGUCUGGUUUGGACGUGUAGAUUGUUAGUUAGAUCCACAGGAAGGCCAUAGUGAAUAGUUCUUCCAACAAUUUCUUAUGUAAACCUCCUUCAUUCCUACCACGGAGCUGCAUGAGACGCCGCCCAUAGCUAGAAAAACUGGGGACGGGUGUGGGGUGGUUUUCCAGAAUGUUCCUGAGAUUGUUUUGGGGAUGGGUGGCAUCUGGACAGUUACGGAAUGUUUUGCCUCCUAAUGAUCCGGAUAUGCUGUCACCAAGCCUGAAUUAAAUGAAGUGAUGUCGUUUGGAGAGUUAGUUUAGGCACAAGCCCAUGCACCUGAUUUAGGCUUUGGAAAAGACAAAUCAGGAGAACUGUUAGCAUGUACUCUUAGCAUCCCAUUCCUGAAAGGACAAGGAGAUGCAUGCUUUUCAUUGGACAGCGAGUGGUGCUAUGAUGUCUGCAGGAAGAAGUCCAAUAUUUCAGAAGGGACAGGUAAUUCGGUUGAAGAAUGAAAUAGCGCACCUGUGCUGAAGUUGCCAUACAUUUUGUCCUUAGAUUGAUGUCACAUCCGUUGAGAAAUGGCACCGCGAUUAUGCGCCUUGAACUUUUUCUCAAAGUUGAGCUGCAUGCUUUUUGCUGCAGAAAAUGUCCUAGUAUUUCGGAAGGGACCAGUAUUCUGGCUGAGAAGUUAUAGCACACCUGUCCUGAAGUGGCCAAGCAUUUUGUCAUUUGUAAGUCACAUCUAUUGAAAUAUGGCACUGGUAUUACAUACACUCAAAGAUGUUUCGCAAUAUUUGCAGAUACGUGCAUUUUGCUCCAUAAAAAGUCAUAAAAUUUAUAGAUCCCCUAUGUUGAAGUAGCCACGUAUUUUGUGCUUUGAAGUUACAUUCAUUAAGAAAUGGCACUACUGUUAACACGCCUUAACAACUUUUCCACCAAAUUUUCAGAAUCCAGAAUUUUGCCACAAAAAAAGGUAAAAUGUUCCAAAGGGAGAAGUAUUUGGGCUGAGAAAGAUGGAUUAGCUGAGAAAAAGCAUUGGUGUUACAUGCUUUUAAAAAAAAAAAAUUUGUGCAAAAUCUGGAGAUGGCAUGGCUAUUUGCUGCAGAAAAACUCCCAAAAUUUCGGACGAGAGAAGUAUAUUGGCUGCGAAAAGUAAUAGCACACCCGUGCCUAAGAAGCUGCACAUUUUGAGAAAUGCCGUUCCUCUUUUGCAGCGUUUAAUAAUUACAGCAACAUUUUUUGUGACACUAUGCUCACAGGAAAAGCCAAAUUGUUCGGCAUGUACAAGUAAUUGGGUUGAGCAUAGUAAUUAGUUAUUACAUGCGUUUUAAGUUUCAUAGCUGCAUUCUUUAUACAGUGAUUCUGUUUGCCCAAUAGCUUGGAACGUGCAAAUACCACAUAAUACCACACCUGCCCCGAACUUGAUGUACAUUUUGUCCUCUGAUUGACGUCACAUCCGUUGGAAAAUGGCACUGCUAUUUCCUUUUAUCACUAUUGGAGAUGCUUGGGUUUUCCAGCGAUGCCAUGUUUGCCCAGUAGCUUCAAAGGUGCAACUAUUUAGAAAAGUAAUAACACACC